CGCCCCCGCCUCACACAGGACCAGCUGGACAAUCUCGCCGCCAAAAUGCGCAUGACGUACGGGUGGGAUUCAGACCCGAAGCCCUUCCAGCUCGAGGCGGUCAAGGCCCAGCUCGAAGGGGUCGACAUGAUCGUUCAAGCACCGACAGGUGCAGGCAAGACGGCAAUCGCUGCAGGACCCCAUCUGUGGCGAGGAAGUGAGCAGACUUUCACGAUAAUGGUUUGCCCCCUUCUCUCCCUGGAAGAAGAGAUGGUGCGCAAAACUUUUGCAACUGACUUUCAUUUGAAAGCCAUCGCCCUCAACUCGGGCAACGGCGGAUGUUCCCCCCGUAAGAUCAAGGAAAUACUGGCACACAAGUACCAGGUAAUACUCAUCUCUCCAGAGAUGCUGCAAUCGCGGACGUUUACAGACCGCGUCCUACGCAAUGCGGGCUUCAUGCGGCAUAUAAUGUCCUUGUUCAUCGACGAAGCGCAUUGCAUAGCUCACUGGGGCGCGGAUUUUCGUAAGAAAUACGGGAGCCUCGGUAAGAUACGCGUGUUCUUCCCCCGCGGCACUCCUGUCAUCGCUGUGACCGCAACCCUCACCGCGCGCGUGCGGCGCACCAUCCACCACACACUGCUUUUCGCACAAUCGCCAUCCCAGAGCCGCUUCGUGAAUGUCGGCAACAACCGGCCGAAUAUCUCCAUCGUCGUCCGAGCCUGCGAGCACCCUCUCAAUUCCUAUGUUGACCUCGCGUUCGUCAUCCCACCCAAUAUACAAGACCUUCGUGACAUACCCAAGACUUAUCUGUAUGUGGACGACAUCGCUAGCGGAACCGAGAUCAUCAACUAUCUAGGCGACAGACUCGAAGCGACUGCUCAUCCCUCCAUUCAAACAUCGACCAGGCUCACAUCUCUUCGGGAGGUCAUCCGCCCUUCCAACGCGACCCUAUCACAAGAAUACCGCACGGAGGCCAUGGCUCGCUUUCGCUCGGGAGAUGUCCGAGUGCUAGUAUGUACCGACGCAGCUGGGAUGGGCUGCAAUAUGCCUGAUAUAGACCGUGUGGUGCAAUGGAAGCUGCCCGCGACGUUCUCCCACUUCAUUCAACGAGCAGGACGUGCCGCACGAGGACCCGGUCGCAUGGGCGUGGCUAUUCUCCUCGUGGAGAGAUCGGCUUACAACACUGACCUUGUCAACCAGACUUCUAUGCCGCCACCAUCGCUGCCGAACACCAAUGUUGAUGUCAGACGAACCAAAUACAUGAUCCCAAACAAAGCCGCGGCGACAGGGAAGAGGGACACCAAGAAGAUCCGCGAGUAUGCCAUAGCGCAUGGAGUCAACCGAGGUGGGUCCCUCAAGCAGGAUGACUUACCUACCGGUGAACAACCUCGCAUCGACCUGGACCGCGCCGAUGAGAGCCUGUUGACUCUUGUACAAAGCACCCGCGUUUGUCGCCGACGCAUCUGGGCGGAAGUUUUCGAGAGCCCUAUUUGCGAGACUGCACCAUAUGUGCGUUGCUGUGACAUCUGCUGUCCUGACCUUCUGGAUAUCGCACGACCACCCCCCUCAACUCGUCAAGCUCAGGUGCGCCAGGCGAAGAAGGGGUUACACAACCCUUGUGCGCGCGAUCACUUCAGAGCCUGGCGCAAACGCAUAUAUGCUCGGGAUCACACGGACGCGAUGUACGACGAGACAAUUAUAUUCGAUGAUGAUCUCAUUGCCGCCCUUGACUGCGUUGGUCCCCUCUCCCCCGAGUACAUCACAUCUGUCUUGCAAGGCAAAUGGGCGUUCUGGCCCAAGUAUGGGGAGGAACUUAUA